UGGUCAUCGGCCAUUUUUGCCCCAGUCCAGUGCUCUUCAGAAUUACUCUAUCGACUAUCAAUUGCCUGCCAAAUGCAUUGUAUUAUCAUCAAUAAACUCCCAAAAAACCAUUGAAAAACAAUAAAAAAAGAUCCGCAAAGGGACAAUUAUACAUAAAUAAUGGCUGAUUUCUUGGAUUCGGAGGCUGAGGAGAGCGAGGAGGAGCAGGAGUUGGACCACAAUGAGAGGAAGAAACUCAAGAAGGUUAAAGCCAUGGAGGAGAGCGACGAGGACGAUGAGGAUGAUGAGGACCGAAUCAGGGAGGAGUUGAAGGAUUUGAUCGAUGACAGACCCAUCGACGAGAGCGAGGGGGAAGACAGUGAUGGGUCUGAGGGGAAGAAACGAAAAAAGAGUGAUGAUGAGGAUUUUGAUGAUCGACUCGAGGAUGACGACUACGAUCUCAUCGAGGAGAAUCUGGGGAUCACUGUCGAGAGGAAACGAUUCAAGAGGCUGAAACGAGUGCAAGAUCGAGAAUCUGAUGAUGAGGAGGAACAUCAUCCAGGGGAGGAGAGGGAUGCCAUUGCCAAUGAGCUCUUUGAUGGGGGAUCUGGUGACGAGGAUGAACGCCGGAGUGAGAGAAGUCAUCGCCAGGAACCGGAGACUUUCGAUGAGGAGGGAAGUGAGGGGGAGUACUCAGACGCCGAUGAUUUCAUCGUGGACGACGAAGGACGUCCCAUAGCAGAACGUCGACGGAAGAAGAAGCCGAUAUUUUCGGACGCAGCCCUGCAGGAGGCCCAGGACAUCUUCGGCGUGGACUUUGAUUACGAUGAAUUCGGUAAAUACGAUGAGGGGGGAUACGAGGAGGAAGAGGAAGAGGAAGAGGACGAGUAUGUGGACGACGAUGGAGAGGGUGAACGACCGAGGCGUCCGAAGAAGACUCCGAAGAAGAAACCCACGAAGAAGAGCAUCUUCGAGAUCUACGAGCCCAGUGAGCUCAAGAGGGGUCAUUUCACGGACAUGGACAAUGAGAUCAGGGUGACAGAUAUUCCGGAGAGAAUGCAACUACGUUCGAUGCCAGUGACAGCUGUACCAGAGGGUUCUGACGAGCUGGACCACGAGGCAGAGUGGAUUUACAAGCAGGCCUUCUGCAAGCCGACGAUAUCUGUCCAGGACGCCCACCUGAACGCCGAGGCCAAGGAUAGAGCGAGGAAAGGGCCACAGACAGUGGGUAAAAUUAAGAAGGCCCUGGACUUCAUGAGGAACCAAUCCUUCGAGGUUCCAUUCAUCUCGUUUUAUCGAAAGGAAUACGUUCUUCCAGAGUUGAAUAUCAACGAUCUCUGGAAGGUGUACAAAUUCGAUGCCAAAUGGUGUCAGUUGCGUCAACGGAAGGAGAAUCUUCUGGCUCUCUUUGAGAAGAUGAGGAAUUACCAGUUGGAUCUGCUCAUGAAGGAUCCUGAUGCCCCUCUUCCAGACUCUAUUCGAGUCAUCAAGGAUGAGGACAUAGAGCGCGUGAAGAACGUGCAGACCAGUGAGGAACUCAAUGACGUCCACCAGCACUUCAUGUUGUAUUACUCUCACGAUAUACCUGCGAUGCAGGAGGCAGUGAAGAAGAGGGAAAAAGAGGCUAAACGUCAGGCGAAAAUUGCUGAGCGUAAGCAGAAACUCCUGGAGGCUGAGGAGAACGGCGAGGAUCCACCCCCAGAGGAGGAGAUUGAGAUCGAAGAGGAAGAGGAGAACGACGAGAACCUCAAGCACGCUGUGCGCACUGGGCCCUAUGCCAUCUGCAGAAAGGCAGGACUUGAUACUUUUGCUAAGAAGUUCGGUCUGACCCCUGAGCACUUUGCUGAGAAUCUCAGGGACAAUUAUCAGCGACACGAGGUGGACCAGGAGCCCAUAGAGCCCACUGUUGUCGCUCAGGACUUUCUUGGGGCAAAGUUCAAGGCCCCUGAGGAAGUUCUCAAGGCAGUGAAGCUGAUGGUGGCUAUUCAGGUGGCUCGAGAGCCUCUUGUCAAGAAAUCUGUGAGGGAGAUGUACAUGGAGAGGGCCAAAAUCAGUGUCACACCAACGAAAAUUGGCAUAAAGAUGAUCGACGAGACUCAUCCCAUCUACACCAUGAAGUACCUCAAGGACAAGCCUGUGAGGGAUCUCGUGGGGGAUCAGUUCCUCAGGCUGGCGAUGGCUGAAGAGGACAAAUUAAUUACCCUUACCAUGAGUAAUACCAUUGAGGGAAACACUAGUGGAAAUUACGUCGACGAGAUGAAGCAGUUGUACAUCAGGGAUGAGUUCAGUAAAAACGUUCAGGACUGGAACAAUCUGCGAGUUGGUAGUGUUGAAAUGGCUCUGAAUGAAAUGGUGAUACCAGCCCUGAAGAAGGAGCUCCGGGCUAAUCUUAUCGCCGAGUCCAAGGAGUCUGUCAUGAAGGCCUGCUGCAGGAAGAUGUACAAUUGGAUAAAGAUAGCUCCCUACACCUGCGCUUUUCCCGAGGAAGAGGAUGACGAGUGGGAUACCAGCAAGGGCCUCAGAGUUAUGGGAGUCUCGUACGUUCCUGAUUACUCUCAGGCAGCAUUUGCCUGCAUGAUUGCACCCGAUGGCGAGUGCACGGAUUAUCUUCGUCUUCCCCACCUUCUUAAACGAAAGAACAGCUUCAGAAAGGAGGAGAAGGCCAUGAAGGAGGCCGAUAUCCUGGCGAUUCGUAAUUUUCUGGCUACGAAGAAGCCACACGUGGUGGUUGUCGGGGGAGAGUCCAGAGAAGCACUGAUGGUUGUCAAUGACAUCAAGGAGUGCAUCACGGCACUUGUCGAGGAGGAGCAGUUCCCAGCGAUUAGUGUGGAGGUGGGCGACAAUGAUCUAGCGAAAAUCUAUGCCAACAGCAACAAGGGUGUGGCAGAGUUCAGGGAUUACCCGAGUCUUCUUAGAGAGGCCAUUUCCCUAGCUAGACGUCUUCAGGAUCCUCUGGUAGAGUUCUCUCAGCUGUGCACUGCUGAUGAUGAGAUCCUCUGCCUGAAAUAUCACACAUUACAGGAUCAACUCCCCAAGGAAGAACUCUUGGAGAAUAUUUACUUGGAAUUUGUUAACCGAGUAAAUGAAGUAGGUGUUGAUGUCAAUAAGGCUGUGCAGCAGGCCUACUCUGGCAAUUUAGUGCAAUUUGUAUGUGGCCUGGGUCCCAGAAAGGGCCAGGCCCUCAUAAAAACCCUCAAGCAGACGAAUCAACGUCUGGAGAACAGAACGCAAUUGGUGACUGCCUGCCACAUGGGGCCAAAGGUAUUUAUUAAUUGCGCUGGAUUUAUAAAAAUCGAUACGAAUAGUCUUGGGGACAGCACUGAGGCAUACGUCGAGGUCCUGGAUGGCUCGAGGGUCCACCCUGAGACCUACGAGUGGGCUAGAAAAAUGGCGGUUGAUGCUCUGGAGUAUGACGAUGAGGAUGCCAAUCCUGCUGGGGCUGUUGAUGAGAUUCUCGAGUCCCCAGAGCGGCUCAAGGAUCUUGAUCUCGACGCCUUCGCCGAGGAACUUGAGAGACAGGGCUUUGGCAACAAGUGCGUCACACUUUAUGACAUCAGGGCUGAGCUCAACUGCCGGUAUAAAGACCUGAGGAGCCCGUACCAGUCACCCAGUCCUGAGAAGAUGUUUGAUAUAUUGACGAAAGAGACUCCAGAGACAUUUUACAUUGGAAAGAGGAUUGAGGCAAUUGUGACGGGCAUCAGUAGGAGGAAACCCCAGGGAGAGCAGCUGGACCAGGCGAAUCCAGUGAGAAAUGAUGAGAGUGGACUGUGGCAGUGUCCCUUCUGCCUCAAGAAUGACUUUCCCGAGUUGUCUGAGGUGUGGAAUCAUUUCGAUGCUGGAGCCUGUCCUGGAAAAGCCACUGGAAUCAAACUUCGUCUUGAUAACGGCAUCUCUGGAUACAUUCAUAUCAAGAAUCUCUCUGAUAAACACGUCACCGAUCCUGAGGAGAGAGUUGCCAUGGGACAGACUGUUAACUGUCGAGUAAUCAAGAUCGAGGUGGACAGAUUCAGUGUCGAGUGCACCAGUAAGAGCAGUGAUCUUGCUGAUAAAAAUCAUGAGUGGAGGCCCCAGAAGGAUCCAUUCUACGACAACGAGGCUGAGCUCAAGGACAUGAAGGUGGAGGACGAGACGAAAAAGGUAAAGCAGACACAGACGUACGUGAAACGUGUCAUUGUCCACCCAUCAUUUCACAACAUCAGUUAUUCAGAGGCUGAGAAGCUCAUGAGAACGAUGAAACAGGGGGAGGCGAUCAUUAGACCUAGCAGACAGGGGGCAGAUCACCUGACCGUCACCUGGAAAGUGACUGAUGACAUUUAUCAACACAUUGACGUCAAAGAGGAGAGGAAGGCCAAUGAAUUCUCCCUUGGAAAAAGCCUGUGGAUAAGCUCUGAGGAGUUUGAGGAUCUCGACGAGAUAAUCGCAAGGCAUGUGAAUCCCAUGGCAGCUUAUGCUUCAGAGAUGCUUGACUUUAAAUACUACAAGGCAGGUGUUAAUGGGAUGAAAGAUAAAGCUGAGGAGAUACUCAAGGCCCAGAAGAAAGAGAAUCCUGGUGGUAUUCCCUACAUAGUGUCUGCUGUAAAGAAGUGUCCAGGAACAUUUCUGCUCUCGUAUCUUCCUAGGGAUAGGGUUGUGCAUGAGUAUGUACAAGUGACUCCAGAGGGUUUCAAGUACAGGAGGCAGAUGUUUGGGAGAGUGAAUGAUCUCUUCCGGUGGUUUAAGGAGCACUUCAGGGAACAGGUACCUGGCCAGGCUACACCCAGCACUCCAAGGGGAGCACAGACCUCCAGAACGCCUUACCACACCACUCCAGGGGUCGCCAUGAACCAGGAGGCCAUCCACAGAGUUGCACAGAAUCUUCCACAUCAUAUGCUUCACUCGUUGUCUCAGGUGGCCAAUCAGACUCCCCAUUAUCCUCCACACACACCUGGAGCUGCUGGGGCAGCUUAUGUCUAUCCAAAUACACCUUACACACCGUCUGGACAAACUCCCUACAUGACACCCUAUGCAACCCCGCGAAAUCAUCAAUUUACACAACCUGCACCCCCUCAUCGCUCCACUCCAUCACACAGACCAACACCUCAAAUAUCUGCUGCUGCUCAAGAGGCCAUGGACUGGAAAAAAGCUGCUGAGGCCUGGGCCAGACUCAAAACUACUCCGAGGUACGAUGGCAAGAGGUCCAGGACUCCCUCCAAUAAAUCACCCAGAACACCCCAAACCAAUUCAAGUCCGAGAUCCAUGUCCCUCAGUGGGGACUGCACACCUCUCUGGGAUGAGAGCUAGGGAAUUUAAUCAUGAUACCUCGGAAUUAACUUUUUGUUUUUCUUUUGAUUAUAUACUUUCCCUAUAUCGGUUCUCUCUUGUUUAGGUUGAGACGAUGAUUAUAUUUUGUAUAAUGAGCGUGACGUAAUAAUAAAAGUCAUAUUUAACUCGA